AUGUCUCGUUACCGAGGACCUCGUUUCAAAAAAAUACGUCGUCUGGGGACUUUACCAGGACUAACUAGUAAAAGACCUAGUUCCAGAAGUGAUCCUAAAAACCAAUUGCGUUCUGGUAAAAGAUCGCAAUAUCGUAUUCGUCUAGAAGAAAAACAGAAAUUGCGGUUUCAUUAUGGUCUGACAGAGCGACAAUUACUUAAAUAUGUGCAUAUUGCUGGAAAAGCCAAAGGGUCAACAGGUCAGGUUUUACUACAAUUACUUGAGAUGCGUUUGGAUAAUAUCCUUUUCCGAUUGGGUAUAGCUUCGACGAUUCCUGGAGCCAGGCAAUUAGUUAACCAUAGACAUAUUUUAGUUAAUGGUGGUAUAGUGGAUAUACCAAGUUAUCGUUGUAAACCGAGAGAUAUUAUUACUACGAAGGAUAAACAAAGAUCGAAAACUCUGAUUAAAAAUUAUAUUUCUUUAUCCCCUCACGAGGAAUUGCCAAAACAUUUGACUUUUGACUCAUUCCAAUAUAAAGGAGUAGUAAAUCAAAUAGUAGAUAGUAAAUGGAUUGGUUUGAAAAUAAAUGAGUUGUUAGUCGUAGAAUAUUAUUCCCGUCAGACUUGA